CUGUAACACACAGAUCAGAGACAUUUAUUACAGCAUAAAGCAUCCCCCCUCUAUCAAAGCCUCCAACAACAUUCAUGGCAGAUACCAUUCACAAGCCAUCAUAUGUUAUAGAUCAGUAUUUAGAGGAUGUCCCAAAAGACGAAUUCUUGGACACGGAGUUUAUACCCUCUGGCACCCCUGAACAUCCUCUAUCCUUAGUAAUUGCCGGACCAAGGUUCCUGUCUUCCAACCUUUACCAGCUCUCCCCCAUUGAGGACCUGGAACUGGCGAAAACAUUGGUUAGGCCAGGAUCAUUGUUUCAACAAGAUUUGUCCAAGGCAAAGAAGUUCACCAAUGAAGGUUAUGGAUCUGUGACUCGAGUUUUUGUUGUGUGCGAUGGGGAUAGAGCAAUAAACAUUUAGUUCCAAUGCUGGAUGAUCGAGAACAAUCCACCUAAAGAUGUUUUGGAGGUCAGGGGUGCAGAUCAUAUGGCGAUGCUCUCAAAACCACAUGAAGUUUUCAAUCGUCUUCUGGAGAUUGCCAAUAAAUAUGCUUGAUCAGAUAUAGACUUCUAAGUCCUAAAUUCUAAUAAUACAUCUCUUGCAUCACAAGAUAUGUUAAUAGUAACAAAAUAAAUAAAUGUUAGUGAUGUAUUUUACGUUUUGCCUACAACUAAAUAAAGGUACUUGUGCAAU